AUGCAUAUAUCCAUAAAUCUUCAUGAAAAUAGCGCAUAUAUUCACUAUUUCUUUGACUCAGUGGAUUCUCAGGUGGUCACGCCUCUAGGGCAUGACAGGGCUACCUGGUUACCCCUGGCAGAAUAUGCAUACAACAAUGCCAAACACGCAUCCACCAGAAAGACCCCCUUCAAGCUGGUCUAUGGAAGGAAUUCAGUCAAGAACCCCUCCAAUGUCCCAGCAAACAUCCCAGAGGCUGACCAUGUAGCAGAUACACUGGCCUGGGAAUGGAAAGAGGCAGAAUCAGCCUUAAGAAUGUCUAAGGAACACAUGACAGGAGUUAAGGGCUCAAUCCCCAACUACAAUGUUGGAGAGAGAGUCUGGCUAGAUGCAAAAAACAUCCAAUUACAAUCCAACUCAAACAAAUUGGACCCUAGACAAAUAGGACCUUUUGAGAUCACAGAAAGGAUAUCCAGCCAUGCAUACCGUCUAAAACUGCCAGAAUCCCUCUGUUAUAACCUCCUAACCUAUACCACUGGAUUUGCCUGA